AUGAUCUUAUGGGACGGUUGUGGACAAGAUGGAAGAAUAGAAAUAUGUCAACCAAUCAUUUGCCAUGGAGCAUUUAUCAAGAACACAUUGACAAAAUUAUCGCAUUUCACAAGCUGGAGCGAGUGGUCAGUAUGCAAUCGACAUUGUACGCAAAAUCGCGUAAGGAAGUGUCGAUGGAAAAAAAAUUGUGGAACCACCGUACUCAAAGAAGAACGUAGUUGCGACCACGAUAGAGAAGCCCGUCAAAAGCGAUGCAAACAACAUCAACGUCGAGGGCAUCAACGAUGGAAUAAACAAUUCCACGUUGUCCAGCAGAUAGCCAAAGAGACAAAACCCAAACAAGGAAAGCAAAGGGGCAAGAAUACCAAGGAACCAAUUACAUUCGGAAGGCAUUAUGGAAAAUGGAGCAAAUGGUCGCCUUGCACGAGAUUGUGCACUACGCAACGUCACAGAUGGUGUAAAAGGCCCAAUAUCUGUGGACGCGAUGUGAUACGAGAAAGCGCGUACUGCUAUGUCGAAGGUACCUUCUGCCAGAAGUGGAUCCAUCGAAAGAUUCGAGGUAGCCACAAAGAAGAUAGCGAAGAUCGCCUAGUGUUGAAGAAACUCCAGCUCAAUCCCAAUAUUGUGGGCAAUUUCAUUGCGGAGAAGAAUUCAAACGCUUGGAAAUGCGGAAUAGCAAAUACCCAGAAGAAUUCUAGAUUAUCUUACUUUACACGAAUUAUUGGUGGCCGUCCGGCCACGCAUGGGAGUUGGCCGUGGCAAGUGGCUAUAUUGAAUCGAUUUCGGGAAGCUUUUUGUGGCGGUACAUUAGUGUCCCCAAGAUGGGUAUUAACUGCCGCACAUUGUAUUAGAAAACGUUUGUACGUCCGCAUCGGAGAACACGAUUUAACAAUAAAAGAAGGCACCGAAUUAGAGCUUAGGAUCGAUUCUGUCACAAUCCAUCCGAAAUACGACGCCGAUACCGUUGAUAACGACGUCGCUCUACUGCGUUUACCGAACGCUUUGACUAUGUCUGCUUCGAGAGGGAUCGCAUGUCUGCCGAGCCCUAAACAGCCUAUACCAAUGAACCAAUUUUGCACCAUUAUCGGUUGGGGCAAAUCUAGCGUAACGGAUGACUUUGGAACGGACGUGCUGCACGAAGCCAGAGUUCCAAUAGUAUCCACCGAAAUUUGCCGAGAAGUCUAUGUAGAGUACAAGAUCACGGAUAACAUGUUCUGUGCAGGGUAUCGACGUGGUAAAAUGGAUUCCUGUGCGGGCGACAGCGGAGGACCUCUACUCUGCCGAGAUUAUCAGAAACCCGAUCAGCCGUGGACAAUUUUCGGCAUCACUAGUUUCGGUGAAGGUUGCGGCAAGCGCGGUAAAUUUGGAAUAUAUGCUAAACUAUCGAAUUAUGUGAAUUGGAUCACACGUGUAAUGAAACAGAUGGAUGAGUUAACUUAGAUGAAGAACGUAGAAAACAUGCCAAGUAAGUUAAAAUUGUGAUUAAUUGAACUUGGAAAAAAAUAAUUCUACACCAUGUAUUUUAUAUAAUUUUUUUUUAGAUAAUUUUAAGCUAUUCGUUUUUUUUUAUUUGAUCAGUGAACUUGAUGUAACAGAUGAGAACGCAAUAUAGUAACUAAAUAUUUGUAAUUGUGCGAUAUAUCCGUGAUUUUCUUAAAAAUCUACAGAUAAAUAAGAAAUAUAGAAAACGGCUGAAUAAGAGGGUGAUUGAAGAAGAAAUACAAUUGAUAGAAUUCUG